AUGCUGUCCGCCCUGGCUGUUUUGGCGCUGGUCAGCGUUGCAUCCAGUGCACCAAGUCCCAGCCUACCGGAGCAGUACAAGAACAACGGUGGUGGCGGAGUCGCCCAACAGGCUAUACAGAUUCCCCUUUCCAAGGAAGGCGUAAUGGAGUUCCAGGUCGCCAGUUUCCUUCAGAACCUCGAAGUCUCGUUCUUCAAGCAGGGGGCGGAGCACGCGAACGGCUGGGACAAUAAGGAUACCAAUGGGGUCAGGGCCGCAGACGAGAUCAAUCGCAUCUGGGCAGAGGAAGAGUCAUACGUGGAGACCAUUGCAGAGCUAUUGCAGUACAAUAAGGCUUCUCCAGUCGAGCCUUGCCAAUACGACUUCCCUGUGUCAGACGAAAAGUCAUUCUUCGCCCUGGCUAGCAUCAUCAGCAAUGUUGGCAUCGGCUUUUUGAUCAACCUGGAGAACCGUCUGGCUAAGACUGAUCCCACCAUCAUUCCCCACAUUUCGCGUAUAAUCCCAGUCAAGGCCAGGCACGAUUCUUUCUUCCGCAUGUAUGCUGGGGAGGUACCAAAUCCAGCGGCCUACGAGACCACAUUGCCUCUGGAAUGGGCAUACAACCUAGCUCUGGACUUUAUCGCACCGGGGUCGUGCAAGAAUCCGCCAUCCUAUUUCAAGGACGUGAAAGUCCACCCCGACCUACGUCUGGAUGGACGUGGCGAAGCUACUUCACUCACGCCUAAUUCGCCUGGUGCCCUGCAUUUCACCGUCGGCCAGCCCAGCAUGAUGCCACAAGGUUGGGAGGACAGAAGACUCUGGAUUGGUUGGGCCAAUGGAGACAACAUGGUGCAGUACACGCCCAUCACCAAAGAGGGUGAUAAGCUCAAAGCCGAUUUGCCCGAGGGUCUGUUCGGCAUUGUUUUCGCCGCCUUGACAGACCAAAAGGAUGUGAAGACAACCCUGGACCUGGUGGCGAAGACUCUUGCUGGACCCCUACCAAUCCCGCUUGGCCCUGGCAAGUACGACUAA